AUGGCUACAGUAUUUCCAUUACUUGAAGAAAAGGAUAAGACCCAAAUUACAACUGGAAGUCAGUUAAUUGGAGAUUCAAUGAUCUCCCUCACAUUAUGUGUCAUUGACCGCCUACCAUAUAAGCAGACUGUCCAUGCAGAGCAGCCGCUCUGCGUGCCAAGCGCCGCAUCCUCUGACUGCUCACUUCGAAGGUGCACUUCUAGGGAAAAUGCAGCCGAUCCUACAGCAUACACUCAGUCACAUGAGCAUAGCUCGGGAGUGGAGGUCAAGAUGUGCUCCCAAAAUACUCUGUCCACUCGUAAUAUUGCCCUUCAGUCAGCCAUUGCCCAUUACUUACCUGAGCCUGCAGCUGUGAGUGUCUCUGCUCCACCAAGCAGUUCUGCUAAUCUGACCUGCCGAGCUUUCUUUGGAUAUAGUGGAGAUGUCAGUCCUUUAAUCUACUGGAUGAAAGGGGAGAAAUUUAUUGAAGAUUUGGAUGAUAGUCGAGUCUGGGAAAGUGACAUCAGGGUUCUCAAGGAACAUCUCGGUGAACAGGAGGUUUCCAUCUCAUUGAUUCUUGAUUCUGUGGAAGAGGCAGACCUGGGGAAUUACUCGUGCUAUGUUGAGAAUGGAAAUGGACGCCGACAUGCCAGUAUUCUUCUACAUAAAAGAGAGCUGAUGUACACAGUUGAGCUUGCUGGUGGGCUUGGUGCUAUUCUGCUGCUGCUUGUUUGUUUAGUGACUAUCUACAAGUGUUACAAGAUAGAGAUUAUGCUCUUCUACAGGAAUCAUUUUGGAGCUGAAGAACUAGAUGGAGACAACAAAGACUAUGAUGCAUAUCUAUCUUAUACCAAAGUGGAUCCUGACCAGUGGAAUCAAGAAACUGGAGAAGAAGAAAGAUUUGCUCUUGAGAUCCUACCAGAUAUGCUUGAAAAGCAUUAUGGAUACAAAUUGUUCAUACCAGACAGAGAUUUGAUUCCCACAGGAACCUACAUUGAAGACGUGGCAAGAUGUGUAGACCAAAGCAAGCGACUGAUCAUCGUCAUGACUCCAAAUUAUGUGGUAAGAAGAGGCUGGAGCAUCUUCGAGCUGGAAACGAGGCUUCGAAACAUGUUAGUCACAGGUGAAAUUAAAGUGAUACUGAUUGAAUGCAGUGAACUACGAGGAGUUAUGAACUACCAGGAGGUCGAGGCCCUGAAACAUACCAUCAAGCUCCUCACUGUCAUUAAGUGGCACGGACCAAAAUGCAACAAGUUGAAUUCCAAGUUCUGGAAACGUUUACAGUAUGAAAUGCCUUUUAAGAGGAUUGAACCCAUCACACAUGAGCAGGUUUUAGACGUCAGUGAGCAGGGGCCCUUUGGGGAACUGCAGACAGUCUCCGCAAUUUCCAUGGCUGCUGCCACCUCCACUGCUCUUGCCACUGCCCAUCCAGACCUGCGCUCCACCUUUCAUAAUACAUAUCAUUCGCAGAUGCGCCAGAAACACUAUUAUCGAAGCUAUGAAUACGAUGUACCUCCUACCGGCACCCUGCCACUUACCUCAAUAGGUAACCAGCAUACCUACUGCAACAUCCCUAUGACACUUAUAAAUGGGCAGCGGCCACAGACAAAAAGUAACAGGGAGCAAAAUCCGGAAGAGGCCCACACAAACAGUGCGAUACUGCCGCUCUUGCCACGGGAGACCAGUAUAUCAAGUGUCAUUUGGUGA